CGUCAAUUGAUAUUUUUGGUGAUAGGAAUUCAUGCCAGGGAAUGGAUAUCAUCAGCUGUAGCAUUAUUCAUUUUAAGACAAUUAGUAGAAAAUAAAUCUUACAGAAAAUUUAUCUCGGAAAUCGAUUGGUAUAUUCUACCAAUGAUCAACGCAGAUGGUUACGAGUAUAGCCAUACWGUCGAUCGUCUAUGGAGAAAAUCUAGGAAGAUUACACCCUUGAAUUCUGGAAGAACUCUGUGGGAUUCGUCAUAUGGCUGUGAAGGUGUUGAUUUAAACAGAAACUGGGAUUGGCACUGGGGUGGAGUUGGCUCUAGCCAAGACCCAUGCUCUAACACUUUUGCUGGAUCACACGCUUUUUCAGAACCAGAAACUAAAGCAGUAUCUGAUUUUAUAUUAGACCACAAAGAUAGAAUACAAGUAUAUUUAACUCUACAUUCUUACUCACAAAUGUGGCUUGUACCCUGGAGUCACACAAAAAAGCUGGCUGAUGAUUAUGAUGACAUGAUGUACUUAGCGAGACAAGCAACUGAAGCAAUUCAAAAAGUACAUGGUUCACAAUAUCAACUCGGUACUUCUCCAUCACUGCUUUACUCUACAUCAG